CUUUGGCUCUGCAGUACGUAUUUCUCGCCCCAUUUAAGAGAAGUAUUCUGCAAUCCCAAAGAGUCAUUAAUAAAAUUAAAGAACAUAAAAAGAAAUAAAAUAUGGCUCGCAAGGUGGUUGUUUUUGCUCUACUCUUCGUCGCCCUUGCUGGGUUGGCUUCCGCGGCCACCGCCCCAAAAGGCUCCCCGUCGUCCUCCCCAUCCUCCGCCCCUGCGGGGGCCCCGAAAAAAGCCGGCUCCCCGUCCAGGGCUCCCUCGUCAAAGGCCCGGGCAGGGUCUCCGUCGAAGGCCCGGGCAGGGACUCCGUCAAAGGCCCCGGCGGGGUCUCCGUCAAAGGCCCCGGCCGGAUCACCGUCUGAAGGCCCUGCUGGAUCCCCGUCUGAAGGCCCGGCCGCCGCUGAAUCUCCGUCUGAAGGCCCGGCCGGAUCUCCGUCAGAAGGCCCCGCUGCGGGCGCACCUGACUCUGACUCCCCCGCGGGGUCCCCGGAUUCGGAUCCCUCAUCACCACCAAAACCCGCUUUAGGGCCGUCAGAUGACUACGACGAUUCGGAAGAAGGACCUGCCGAGGCUCCCUUAGAUGACUACGAUGGCGCCGCUGCUUUGAAGGUAUCGGCAGUUGUCGGAGCUGCCGCCGUCGUCGGGUUCUUCCUGUGACCGAAUGAGACCACCGGUGGUUGUUCGUUCUACACAGUACGUAGUUAGUUGUUUCUUGUUAGUCAUGCAUCAUGCAUUAUUAACGUUUUUGGUAUACCUUUUGGCUUUUGCAUAUGUAAGGGGAGAACCAAUUAAUAUUCAAAGAUUAAAUUUUGUUCUGGUGA